AUGUCUAAACCUAGCAUCGAGUGCCAGUAUUUCGAGCAUGUGCCUGAGCACAGCGUAGCGGCAUGCAGAGAGUGCAGAUAUGCAGUAUGGCCAGAUCAGAUUGAGGGCCAUCUACAGAAGCAGCAUAAGGUUAGUUACAAGGAGGCUGAGGCAGUUGGACAGCAGGUUCGCAGCUGGGCUGGGUUAGUCCAGUACCCUACAAGAAGUAAGGAGGCUAUACGAAAGCAUUGGCGUAAGGACCAUCAAGGAUGGUCAGCAGGGAAGAAGCGAGGGCGGCCAAGUCGAACCAGGCAGAAGAGCGUGCAGGCACAUAUGGAUAAGGGGUACCGGCUGGUCCAUUGCCAGCGAUUAUUCAGCAGCCGGCAUGGAUCGCAGUACUUUGAGGUCCAGGCACCCAGCCAGGAUGGAGAAGGCCCCGAAAUCGUGCCCGUAGACGGGGCAGCAGCAUGGGCGCGAGUGGGCGAGCAGAUGGCCAAGGCGUGGGCAGACAUCGAGAAGCGGGCGCAGACGACGAUCCAGGAGGGCGAGCGCGACGAGGUGAACCCAUGGCUGGAGCGGACGCAGUGGUUGCCGUACCUAGUGGGCAUGGAGAGGCCGGAUUUGUUAGCGUGCAUCGAGGAGCCCGUGGCAGAGCCAGAUGCCAGGCAGGAGCAGCAGGCCGAGCCGGUGGAAGCAGCGAUUUGGGCAGCCAUGGAUGGAUUGGCGCGGUUCAGCCAGGCAUCCAUUAUUGACCGGAUUGGCGUGUUUAUACGGUUGGAGGCAAUUCGCACAGAGAUGCACCAAACCCGGUUCCAGCCGUUACAGCCGUAUAUGGACAAGAACGCCAUUACCGCUCCACGCAACCUAAAGAAACUCGAUGAAUGGAUGGCUGACUGGAUACACAUCACUUCUCAAUGCCAAUCGAUCAACCUACCAGAGACAACUAGCUACAGGCCUCAGGAGGAUUUCCUGAUUGCCUGCCAAGCUCACUAUCCAAACUACGCUGCUACCUGCCUCGAUCAGAUAUACGAACACGAGAUAAACGGUACAAAUCUACUCAGCUUGCCCGCCUACGUCGAAAAGAUGACGAAGUACAUCCGCCGAGCUGCCCAGACCACUGCCACUGAGUCAAGUGUGCUAUCUACCUCAGCUGCUAAGCUUGGGAUUGCAAACCUACCUUGUGUUUGUGGGCUGUCACACGCUUUACCCGACUGCUGGAUACUCAAUCCACUUCACCCAGGUCGACCAAAAGACUGGACACCAGCACCUAUUGGAGUCCGCAAGGUUGAACAAGCUCAAAAGGAUCCUAAGAUUUCGAAGCAAAUAAAGGACGCCCUAAAUGAAUGGGCUUCACGUCAACAGUAUAGAGACAAGAUUCAGGUAGAUGACGGCCAACCACCUAGUGGUGGUACAUCAUUCGUGGUUCAUCUGCUGGAUACAGGUCAGUUAUCACCAACUCACUGACUUGGUGACAACUGGGGGGUGUGUCACGGUUUGGUGAUGGGACGAUGCCUAUCUGAGACUAGCGCUGUUUAUGGUCACUCACCUACAUAAACUUUCCAUAGCUUGUACAAUACAACCUCAGUCAAUCCUCAA